UUGCUUGGCGAAAAGGAAACCUCCUCUUCUAAUUCUCUCUGCUCUGUUCUUCAUCUUCAGCUCCCUAGGGCUCCAGACUUUGUGAUUUUCCUUUAUCCUUUUCCAAUCUACGAUUUCAAUUUGAUUUACCUUUGUUUCAUUAUAGAACUCGGUUUGAUCAGUAGUCUAGGGUUUUAGCUUCCUCAGUUAGACAUGGCACCGGCGGAACCCAACAGCGGAGGCAGCGCAAGCGGCGGAGCCACCAGAGACCAGACGUCCGUCAAGGUGCCUUCGAAAGACCCCAAAAAGAAGGACGAGAAGAAGGAUGAAGAUCUCUCGGAGGAGGACUUAGCGUUGAAGCAGCAGUUGGAGUUGUAUGUGGAGAGGGUGCAAGACUCAGAUCCUGGACUGCAGAAAGUUGCGCUAGAGAGCAUGAGGCAGGAAAUUCGUACCGCAACCAGCUCUAUGACUUCUGUUCCAAAGCCACUGAAGUUCUUACGCCCUCAUUAUGGAACUCUACAAACUCAUUAUGAGAAAAUGGAAGAUUCUGAUUUGAAGAAACUACUUGCAGAUAUACUUUCUGUUUUGGCCCUGACAAUGUCUCCAGAAGGAGAAAGGGAGAGCUUGAAAUACAGAUUACUAGGUUCAGAUGGUGAUAUUGGUUCAUGGGGUCAUGAGUAUGUCAGGAACUUGGCUGGGGAAAUUGCUCAAGAAUAUGCAAAACGGCAGAGUGAAGAAGCCCAAAUCGAUGAUCUGAUGGAGCUGGUGGUUCAAAUCGUUGCAUUCCAUAUGAAGCAUAAUGCUGAGCCUGAGGCUGUAGAUCUUCUUAUGGAGGUUGAAGACCUUGACCUGUUAGUGGAGCAUGUUGAUAGUGCAAAUUAUAAAAGGACCUGCCUGUAUCUUACUAGUUCGGCAAAAUACCUUCCUGGGCCGGAUGACAUGUUAGUUCUGGAUAUUGCACACUCAAUAUAUAUGAAAUUCGAAGAGUAUCCCAGAGCCCUGCAGAUUGCAUUGUAUCUCCAUAAUUUGCAGUAUGUAAAACAGCUUUUCCAAUGUUGUAAUGAUCCUCUCAUGAGGCGACAAUUUUGCUUUAUCUUGGCUCGCCAUGGCGUCACUUUUGAACUUUAUGAAGACAUGUGUGCUGAAGAUGAAGAAAGGGAGGCUUUGCAAGAGAUCAUCAAUAAUACAAAGUUAAAUGAAGGCUAUCUAACACUUGCUCGUGAUAUUGAAGUUAUGGAGCCCAAAUCUCCAGAGGACAUUUACAAGGCACAUCUAAUUGACGGCCGAGGUAGUGGUGGGGGAACUGUUGAUUCUGCUAGGCAGAAUUUGGCAGCAACGUUUGUUAAUGCAUUUGUAAAUGCUGGUUUUGGUCAGGAUAAGUUGAUGACAGUUCCUUCUGAAGCAUCUAGUGGUGGUGCUUCGACAAGCUGGCUUUUUAAAAAUAAGGAACAUGGAAAAGCCAGUGCUGCAGCUAGUCUGGGCAUGAUUCUGCUUUGGGAUGUGGACGCUGGACUUGCUCAACUUGACAAAUAUUUCCAUAGUACUGAUACUCAUGUCAUUGCGGGCGCAUUGUUAGGAGUUGGAAUUGUGAACUGUAACGUCCAGAAUGAGUGUGAUCCAGCAUUGGCUCUUUUGGCAGACUAUGUAGACAAAGAAGAUUCUUCAAUUAAAAUAGGUGCAAUAAUGGGCCUAGGUCUUGCAUAUGCAGGUUCUCAGAAUGAACAUGUUCGCAGGGCAUUGAUGCCCUUACUUGGAGAUGGAAAAUCAUCUCUAGAUGUGAUUGCAUUUACUGCAAUCUCCCUAGGCUUGGUAUAUACAGGUUCCUGUAAUGAAGAGGUUGCCCAAGCAAUAAUAUUUGCCUUGAUGGAUAGAAGUGAGUCCGAGUUGGGGGAUCCCCUGGCUCGUUUCCUUCCUUUGGGUCUUGGUCUCCUUUAUCUUGGAAAGGAGGAAAGUGUGGAAGCUACGGCAGAAGUUUCAAAGACAUUUAAUGAAAAAAUUAGAAAACACUGUGACAUGACCCUGUUAUCUUGUGCAUAUGCUGGAACAGGGAAUGUUCUAAAGGUACAACACUUUCUUGGUCAGUGUGCACAACAUCUUGAGAAGGGCGAAACAUACCAGGGACCCGCUGUCCUUGGAAUUGCUAUGGUAGCCAUGGCUGAGGAACUGGGGCUUGAGAUGGCUAUUCGUUCAUUGGAGCACCUUCUGCAGUAUGGAGAGCAGAAUAUUAGAAGAGCUGUUCCAUUGGCACUAGGUCUCCUUUGCAUAUCAAACCCAAAGGUCAAUGUCAUGGACACAUUGAGCAGGCUCAGUCAUGAUGCAGAUGCUGAAGUUGCAAUGGCUGCUAUCAUUUCGUUGGGUCUGAUUGGUGCUGGAACCAACAAUGCCAGAAUAGCUGGAAUGCUUCGCAAUCUAUCAAGCUAUUACUACAAGGACGCCAGCCUUCUAUUUUGUGUCCGGAUAGCUCAAGGUCUUGUCCAUCUGGGCAAAGGGUUAUUGACACUUUCUCCAUAUCAUUCUGAGCGUUUUCUGUUGUCCCCGACUGCACUGGCUGGACUUGUGAUUUUGCUGCAUGCAUGUCUCGAUAUGAAAGCUAUCAUCUUGGGGAAAUAUCAUUACGUUCUAUAUUUCCUUGUUCUGGCCAUGCAGCCAAGGAUGCUGAUGACUGUGGACGAAAACCUUAAACCACUGUCAGUACCCGUCCGUGUGGGCCAAGCUGUUGAUGUCGUCGGUCAAGCAGGUCGUCCCAAAACUAUAACGGGUUUCCAGACCCACUCAACUCCUGUUCUGCUGUCUGCUGGUGACAGAGCAGAACUUGCAACUGAGAAAUAUAUUCCUUUAUCACCCAUUCUUGAGGGAUUUGUCAUCUUAAAAGAGAAUCCAGAAUACAAGGACGACAACUGAUGCAUAUUGGGGUUGCUUGUUUAAGCCGAGCAUAUUAUAGAACCCAACUUGGUUCUUCCAGCAUAUCCUUGAGUUAAUAGCUGAGCUUAACCAGAAUCUCACUUCAACAUCUUAUUAAUGUUCGAGUAGCAUGGAUGAUGGCGAAGGAUGAUGGACGACACUUUUGGCUUUGUUUGAGUUCCAUCCAUUCUGGAGCUGCUCGGGCAAUGCCUAUGACUCUGCUCUGAAUUGGAUAGGACGAAAUAUAUUGGACUCUAGUAUUACGUGCUUUGUCAUGAACAGAUUCUACGUUUAAUGUUAUAUAUUUGUUUUUUAGUGCCUUCCUCCAAUUAAUCCACGAUAGAUUGUUACUU